AUGCGUUGGAUCUUAUUGGCGACCCUGUUGUCCGUGGCAUGGGCUGAGAGAAUGCCAAGACUGAAAUUUGUCAUCCGAGAACAAGACCGGUAUCACUUUGAGAAACCGGAGAACUACAUGACUGUGUACCACAAACAGGGCACUGAUGUCCUGUACGUGGGAGGCCAGGCAGUUAUCUACAUGCUGACAUUCACUGACAAAGGAGUUCAAGACAUUAAGAUCCCUGUGGUCACAAAUCAAAAUGCAAGGGAUACCUGUUUUUCGAGAACGACUUGGGGCAAGCUGGAGUGUGAUAACUUCAUCACUGUGAUUGAGGACGUCAACGGCACGUUUGUGGUUUGUGGGACAAACGCAGGAUCUCCCAAGUGCUGGCAUAUGGUAAGAGCUCUUCCUAAUAACACACUGCUCAGCGAGGUGCCCAAGGAUGGACGCAUGGCCCCCGCAUCGGACAUCUCUCCUCCCUUCCCCUCUCACCGAUCCAUCAGCCUCUCAGCAGAGGGAAGUCUCUACUCUGCCUUGUCAGCUGUGGAAAAGCAGCAAGGCUCCAUUCGCCGUGUGGGAGGAGCCGGUCGGCUAAUCAGAACCGAGAACAAGUGGCUCCUUAGUCCCCAGUUUGCGGGAGCAGCUCUGAUCUCGGCGACCCACCAGCAUCAGCAGGAGCUCUACUUCCUGUUCAGCGAGAUCAACAAGACGGCGUCGGUGGACGAGGAGCCCUUCAGGGCACGGAUAGCUCGCCUCUGCCUGACUGAUGAAGGAGGCGUGAAAAAUAUCUUGCCUGACUCCUGGACCACCUUCCUGAAGGCACGUGUGAUGUGUGGCAGUGGUAACACAUUUCAGCAGUAUAAUAACAUUAAGCGGGCCUACGUGCUAACCGCAGAGAACAGGACCGGCAUCAUGUACGGCCUCUUCUCUAACGCCUGGGACACCACAGUGGUAUGUGCGUACUCGAUUGAGGACAUCGACCAGGUCUUUGCCACAUCAAAGCUGAAAGGCUAUAACAGCCCCCUGACUGGACCCCGGCCAGGAGCAUGUACCAUGAACUCCACAAUCACACCUCCCAACGCCAAGGUUCUGGAGAUGAUGCGAGACCACCCAGAAAUCGAGAACGUGAUCCGACCGAUCGGUGGCGCCCCUCUAGAUCUGCCUACUGAUGACCACUUCACCCACAUUGUCAUGGGCACAGCGCUGGCUGUCAAUGGCGAACACUACAGCGUGGUCUACCUGGGAACAGAGCAAGGAAAGGUCCUGAAGGUCUUGCACACCCCGGACGAGGCAUUCAUCAUCUCCCAGUUCUCUCUCUUCCAUAAUGAGGGGCCGGUCCUGAGCAUGGUGAUAGACUCACAGAAGGGUCACCUCUAUGUCGGCACCUCCACCGAGAUCCACCGCGUUCCGCUGGCAGACUGCGGUCGCUAUGGCGACAGCUGUCGAGAGUGCAUCCUGUCGAGAGAUCCAUAUUGCGGAUGGGACUCGGCGAGGAAGAGGUGUUUGGCCAUCCCGCCCGGAUACAACGUUAGCACUGGUACACUCAUCCAGAACCUGGAUCGUUCUAAUGCCACAAUUUGCGGAGAUGUCAGAGCUAUGAAGAGCCGGCCCACUGUGCCCAAAGACGUGGUCGUGGACUCCAAAGGUCCCGUCAUGCUUCCUUGCCCUGUACGCUCCUACCACGCGACCUAUCGCUGGGAGAAGGACGACAGCAACAAGCACUAUCCCUGCACUCUCUCGGGCACCUCCUGUGUGCUGGCGCCCACGCCCGACACACCCAUGAAGGAGGGCGUGUUCCGCUGCAUGGCUGUGGAGGACGGCUUCAAACAGGAAGUGGUGUCCUAUCGCCUGGUCUUCAACGCUAGUCCACUUCCUGCCUCCUUGGCUUCCUCGGUCGGUCUUUGCUCUGUUCUCUUGGCUGCAGCCAGCCUCUGGCUUUUGUAG